UGGGAGGAAGUCACUGAAGGGGACCCGACCCUUCCUUUCUCUCUGUUCUUGCAUCUCAGCUUCUGUGAGGUGAGCAGCGUUCUCCACCAUACGUUCCUCUCUCCUGACAGGCCCAGAGCAGUCAGGCCAACUGACCAAGGAUUACAACUGCUGAAACUCACCUCUGAGGCUCUCUGCUGGGCCUCUGCCCUGGAACUGGAACCCCACAGUGAUGAAGGCCAGGGGUGUCCUCCAGAUCCUGCUUGGAUUGCUGCUGUGGCCACAGUCAGGGACAGCAUCCUCCUUACCCCUGGUCAUGGACUCCAUCAUCCAGGCGCUGGCUGAGCUUGAACAAAAGGUACUGAUGACUGAGACCAAUAGCUCUGCCUCUGCGUGGAUUCUCUCAGCCAAUAACUCCAGCCCCCACAAUUCUCUUCACCAGCGCUUGCUGCGGAAGGCACUGAGCCACCACACUAUAGAGCCAGACCUCCACUCACUGAGCCCAGAGCUUCAAGCCCUGAUUUCCGAAGUGGCCCAACAUAGUGUGAAGGAUGGGCAGGAAUAUGGAGUGGUGCUGGCACCGGAUGGCUCCACUGUAGCCGUGAAGCCUCUACUGAUUGGACUAGAGGCUGGCUUGCAAGAGCACAGUGUUACCAACUUGCCUUCAGACUGCCUGGCCACCCCUUGUGAUACUGGCAACACCUUGACAAACAUUGGAGCCAUCUGGUCAGGACUCAUGGGUACCUCCACAAAUGCCUCUUCUACAGAUGUUGGAACCGCUUUACCAAAUGACAAAGCCAAGACUCCCACCACUGUGGACAGACUCCUGGCAGUCAUCUUGGCUGGAGACUUGGGUCUGACAUUCCUCCAUGGUUCCCAGACUCAGAUUCCUCCAGGCCUGGGAACUGAGGGUUGCUGGAACAAGCUUUCUGCCCCCAGGGUCUUUACACUGUUGGAUCCCAAGGCAUCCAGUCUCACCAUGGCUUUCCUCAAUGGUGCCUUGGAUGGAGCUCUCCUUGGGAACCACUUGAGCCAGGUCUCUAGGCCCCGGCCACCCCUCAGCCACCUGCUGAGAGAGUACUAUGGAGCUGGGGUGGCUGGAGAUCCAAGGUUCCGGAGUAACUUCCGAAGGCAGAAUGGGGCCGCUCUAACUUCAGCUGCUGCCCUGGCCAAGCAGGUAUGGAAGGCCCUUGUUCUGCUACAGAGGCUGGAGCCAGGACAACAUCAGAACAUGAGCCAAGAAGAAUUGGUUCAGGUAGCCGCCUUUGCUACCAAGGAGCUCACUGAGACUUUCCUGGGAUGCCCAGCCAUUCUCCCUCGCUGCCGCUGGGGAGCUGCGCCCUAUCGAGGCAACCCAACUCCACUCAGGCUGCCGCUUGGAUUCUUAUAUGUGCAUCACACAUACGUGCCAGCGCCACCCUGCACCACCUUCCAGCGCUGCGCCGCCAACAUGCGCUCCAUGCAGCAUUUCCACCAGGACGUGCGCCACUGGGAUGACAUCGGCUACAGUUUCGUGGUAGGCUCCGAUGGCUAUGUGUAUGAGGGCCGCGGCUGGCACUGGGUGGGAGCGCAUACUCUUGGCCACAACUCCCGAGGUUUCGGCGUGGCCUUCGUGGGCAACUACACUGGGUCACUGCCCAGCGACGCAGCACUGAACACGGUUCGCGACGUGCUCCCGAGCUGUGCCAUUCGCGCAGGCCACUUGCAGCCAGACUACAAGCUGCUGGGACACCGCCAACUGGUGCACACUGACUGCCCCGGGAAUGCGCUCUUCAACCUGCUGCGCACCUGGCCUCACUUCACAGAGGCUGAAAACCAAAAACUCCUCUGACAGAACCUUGGAGAUCCAGGAGGCUCAGAUUCCUGAUGGUUCUUUGAGCAGCCACAGACCACAGACCUCCAAUGAAGGGACCGCUGAAAGGAAAUCUCUAUG